AUGGCACCGUAUGCAGCCCUCGCCAGAAGCGUACUCGAGGAACAGGCUUCACAGCCUCAUCUCCUCAAGCGAGACCUCUCAGUCAACCACACUCAAGCAGUAACCCUAGGCGUCAUGGGGGCGUACGUGGUUGUCAUCGCACUGCUUUGGAAUUUGCCUUACGUGCGCUGGUCAUUAUGGCCUUUCAAGAUGCUGGUCAUCGCCUUCCAUGAAUUCGGCCAUGCCAUCACCGCAUGCUGCACAGGAGGCAGAGUAAAGUCCAUCUCACUAGACCCCCACGAAGGCGGCGUCACGCACAUGCAGGGCGGUAUCAGCGCUAUCACCCUGCCCGCGGGAUACCUAGGCUCGUCCAUCAUCGGCGCCCUGCUGAUCUUUGCUGGCUUCGACAUUGUCGCGAGCAAGGUGGCGAGCAUUAUUCUGGGGGUGUGCUUCUUGCUUACGCUGUGGUGGGCGCGGAGGGACUGGUUGACUAUCGUGACGAUUCUGAUGGCCGUCGGGUUACUCGUCGCGUGUUGGUUUAUCGUUCAUGGGGAGGCGCUGCGGUGGGUUGUGCUAUUUAUCGGGGUCAUGUCGGCGCUUUACAGCGUCUGGGAUAUUUGUGACGAUCUCAUUCUCCGCAAAGUCAAUACCUCCGAUGCGAGUGUCUUCGCGCAGAGAUAUGGUGGCUCUUCUCGCUGCUGGGGCGUCAUUUGGUCCUUUAUUUCCCUGGGGUUCAUGGCUGUUGGCAUUGUGGCUGCCAUUGCGGCGUUUCCCCAGUCGUUCAGCGAGCAGCAGGAGCAAUCCAAGCAUUUCAUUCCGACGCGGUGA